AUGCAGCCUUGGGCUCCUUCAUCUAUGGUCGUUUUUUCGUUUACAUUUCGACUUUUAUGCAUUAUUUUUUGCAUUAUUACUGUAACACCGUACCAAAUCAGUUAUCGUCCUUCAAUUGGAAAUCGAAAUGAACGGGCUGUAACUGAAUGGCGUUUUCGUCGUCAUUAUUUACUUAAUUAUCCUAAUCUUGAACCAAGUUUUGAGGACAAAUAUUCGAUAAACGAUGAAUCAAAUGAUUUUAAUCAAGAUGACGACAUCAAAUUCAAUGAAAAAAAAUUGAUUAUUCCUCAAUUGAUGUACCCUCAGAAUAAAAGAGUAAAAUAA